AAAAUUAAUAGAUGAAUAUUAUAUGGCUUUAAAUUAAGGAGGAUGACGCAGAGGAUUCGAAAAUCAAGGUAGGUGGUGGUGCAGAGUCAGAGUGGAGCUGUCUUCUUCCCUUUUCGGCAAUGGUUGCUGAGUGGUGAACCCCACCAAACCCUAAAAACAUCAUCUUUCCCGAUUUGUUUUCGCAUUCCACAAAUACAGGAAGCUAUUUCAUAUACGUUUCAGUAAGAAGAGCCACACAAAUAGUCUUGGAAAGUGAUUGAACCUUUCCAUGAUUUGACAUUCCCUGAUGCUCAUUUAUGUGAACGGGUUUAUAAAGUGCGGAGCACCUCUAGUUCCAUUCUUUUCUCACAAAAGAUUAUCCUUCUUCACUAAACCAACUCCGAGCUCUUACAGUUUAGCUUCUAUCCCUCGGGAUCGUCUUUAUUUCAACAAUAAUCUUAGGUAUUCAAGCAAAUCAAUACAAGUUGUGGAGAGUUCUGUCAUUGAUAUGGGUGCGAAGGAAGAGAAGGCAGAUAAUGUAGCGUUAUCUUCUUAUGAUGAUGCCAUGGACGCGCUCUCCACUCUUAUCUCUCGUCGACGUGGCGAUCCACCUACUGUAGGAAGUCGUGACAAGCUUGAGCAAGUCGUGUCAUAUCUCAAGAUUUUGGGACUGGAGGAUAAAAUAAAAGAGUUAAAAGUUAUUCAUGUCGCAGGAACGAAAGGAAAGGGCUCAACAUGUGUCUUCUGUGAGGCGAUAUUACGUAACUGUGGGUUUCGAACAGGAUUGUUUACAUCUCCUCACCUGAUGGAUGUGAGGGAAAGAUUCCGAAUAGAUGGCUUGGAUAUAUCUGAGGAAAAGUUUCUACAGUAUUUCUGGGAAUGUUGGAAGUUACUGAAGGAGAAAGCUAUUGAUGGUGUUAUCAUGCCUCCUCUUUUUCAGUUCCUCACAGUGUUGGCAUUUAAGAUUUUUGUUAGUGAAAAGGUUGAUGUUGCUGUCAUUGAAGUUGGACUUGGGGGAAAACUUGACUCAACAAAUGUGAUUCAAAAACCUGUUGUCUGCGGCAUUGCUUCUCUUGGGAUGGAUCAUAUGGAUAUAUUGGGACAUACGUUAGCUGACAUUGCUUAUCAUAAGGCUGGGAUUUUCAAGCCUCAAAUCCCGGCCUUCACAGUACCACAACUCUCUGAAGCAAUGGAGGUUCUUCAAGAAACAGCUACUAAUCUUAAGGUUCCUCUGGAAGUAAUAGCGCCUCUUGACCUUAAAAAGUUGGAUGGAAUUGCACUUGGCUUGUCUGGGGAUCAUCAGCUUGUAAAUGCAGGUCUUGCUGUUUCUCUUUCAAGAUGCUGGCUUCAAAGAACUGGCAACUGGGACAAGAUAUUUCCAAAUGGAAGUAAUGAAACCGAUAUGCCAGUGGCGUUUGUUCGUGGUCUUGCAACUGCUCGUCUUCAUGGGAGAGCCCAAGUUGUUCAUGAUUUAGUAUCAGAUCAACAGGACUCGUCAGGUGAUCUGAUCUUUUACUUGGAUGGAGCUCACAGUCCAGAGAGCAUGGAGGCUUGUGGCCGAUGGUUCUCUUCUGCAGUCAGAGGAAACAAAGGCUUAUCUACUGGUCUCAAUGGCUACAUAAGACAUGAGGAGUUUGGUAGAGACUUCAACAGAGUCUCCAAACAGAUUCUUCUGUUCAACUGCAUGGAAGUUAGAGACCCUCAAGUUUUACUUCCAAAGCUUGUCAGCACUUGUGCUUCCUCAGGCACUCAUUUCUCAAGAGCACUGUUCGUUCCGACCAUGUCAACUUACAACAAGGUCAUUUCAGGCGCAUCAGCGAUUCCUAUAGAUACACGUAGAAAGGAUCUGACUUGGCAAUUCAGACUACAGAAACUCUGGGAGAGAUCAAUCCAAGGAACAGAUACUGCGCUUGACCAUACACUGAAUCCUGAUGGAGUAACUUCCUUACCACCUCAUGAUUUCCUGUGUGGAGAUGCACCUCAUUGUGGUGGACCUGCAGGGACACAUAUCACUUCAAGUGCUGUAAUGCCUUCACUUCCAUUGACCAUAAACUGGCUACGAGAUUGCGUACGCCGAAACCCUUCACUGAAACUAGAGGUUCUGGUCACAGGAUCAUUACAUCUUGUUGGGGAUGUACUCAGAUUGUUAAAGAGAUAGAUUAUUCUUCUUACCAAAUCUGAAAAAGGCUCCUUAAAGAGUAAUCUUACAGAGAUCCCAUUGUUUUUAUAAAUCACUUUCUUUUUUCAUGAUUACCAAUUGAUUUUUUUAGUCAAUUUAUCUUAUUAUUAACAUGAGAAGCCUCAUCUAAGCUUUUGUAUUAUUCUGUUACACAAUUUUAUAUUUCCUCUCAUGUCGACCAUGAGCUGAACUGUUCAUAAUAACUGGACAAAAUGAUGUUUA